CUACUAUGUGUUUGUUUUGUUCUUACACUCUUAGGUUUACGAGUAAAGAAUUCCUUGAAGUGAUAUUAACAUACUAAUCAAAGAUUUCCCCCUUGCUUUAACCUCUUCCCAACCUGUAUUCUAACCGGAUAUUUCCUAAUGGGGUGCGGGAUAAGUACGAUAGAGGAUGAAUUGGAUCCGUUUAUUGCCAUCAAGCGAAACAACGAUGCCAUUGAAAAGGGCAUACUAUUAAGCCAGAGAGGGGAGAAGAAUGCGGUCAAGCUCCUCCUCUUAGGGGCUGGGGAGAGUGGAAAGUCCACCGUGUUAAAACAGAUGAAGCUUCUUCACCAGGGUGGGUUUACUCACCAGGAACGUCUACAGUAUGCCCAGGUUAUCUGGGUGGAUGCUAUCCAGGCGAUGAAGAUUUUAAUAGUGCAGGCUCGCAAGAUGCGGAUUCCUUUGGAAUGUGACCAGCAAACCAGCCCUCUCUUUAUGUGCAAACAGAUUGUUCUGCGCUCAAGAGCAUUGGAGCAGAUUGACACCGGUGCGGCAGGCGGCUCUAGCUUCCUCAACGACUACGUCGUGAGAUACAGCCAGCGAAGUGAGGCAAAGAGACGGACCAUGAGUACAGGAAGAGCCGGAGCUAUGUGGGAGAAUCAAGUAGACAGUAAAGACACUGAACUUGAUGUGAACGAAAUCGGCCAGGGAUUGAGGGACUCCUAUGUCCAAAAGAUCGAAGACGAAAACAACAACAGAUCCCGGAAGGCAAUCGCCGCCGCUAUCCAACAGCUCUGGAAAUACGAUCCGGGGAUAGCAGAGUGUUAUUCCCGCUCUAACGAAUUUCAGUUGGAAGGGAGCACCAACUACUACUUUGAAAAGAUUGAGAGCUUUGCCGAUUCCAAGUAUCUAUGCACGGAUGAGGAUAUCUUGAAGGGACGGAUCAAAACCACCGGGAUAACCGAAACCAAUUUCAACAUCGGUUCUUCCAAAUUUAAGAUCUUGGAUACCGGUGGUCAAAGAUCCGAGAGACGGAAAUGGAUCCACUGCUUUGAAGAUAUAACCGCGGUGAUAUUUGUCCUUGCGAUUUCCGAGUAUGACCAGAUGUUGUUUGAGGACGAAAACGUGAACCGGAUGCACGAAUCAAUCAUGCUUUUUAACUCUUUGUGCAACUCGCGGUGGUUUAUCAACACCCCGUUCAUAUUGUUCUUGAACAAGACAGAUAUUUUUGAAAAAAAGAUUUUGACUUCGUCGCUCCGGAACUAUUUUCCGGAUUACAAAGGCAAGCCGAAGGAUACAGAAGAGGCAAUUCGGUAUUUAGAGAAAAUCUUUUUGAGUCUUAACCGACUGAGAAAGCCCAUCUAUGUUCAUAGAACCUGUGCUACCGAUACACAGUCAAUGCGAUUUGUGUUGACAGCUGUGACGGAUAUGAUCAUGCAACAGAGCUUGAAACAGAGUGGGAUUAUCUGAGUAUAGCCUUUAUAAGUGGAGCGCGUAUAUUCAACUCUGAUAUUAGGUUAGCAGCAAGAUGGUUUAUAUCAUAGUAUACAAGGAUUAUAUCUAUGCUACAGACUGGGUGGUUCAUUGAAAUUAAC